AUGGCCUCCAACUCCAUCCCCGGGCCGGAGAUAUCCGCCGGGUUGUCAGCCACGGACGAGAAGCCCAAAGCAUCGACGAGCAAACCCCAAGAAUACCAUCCCUCUGGAAGACAGGGAUAUGGCUUGUUUAUGCAGAUCGUGCGAGGAGCCACUUUUGGUAUCUACUUCACCAGCCUCUGCUUGAUCAUCCAUUUUACCCAGAUCAUUGGAUCCCCGCUGUACUUUGUCAACCGCGAGUGGUUCUACGCCUACAUGGCCAUGACGAAGCGGUCCUUUGCCAUUACGACGGCUGUCAUGACACACAUCUGGGGCUCGACGACGAUUCGAAUCAGCGGCGACGAGACAGUGGCGGGGCAGAUUAAGCCCACGCCUGGUGGCGGGGUACAAUUUAACUUCCCGGAGCGCAUGGUGCUGAUCGCCAACCACCAGAUUUACACCGACUGGUUGUACCUCUGGUGGGUUGGCUAUGCGAACUCGCCAGGGACCCAUGGGCACAUUUACAUCAUCCUAAAAGAAUCCCUCGCUAGGGUACCUCUCAUGGGUUGGGCGAUGCGCUUCUUUGGAUUCAUUUUCAUGUCAAGGAAGAUGGCAACGGACCAGCCUCGACUGGCAUACCGUCUAAACAAGCUCAGUCAGAAGAAGGUUGACCCUAGGGGGAAAACCUAUCUUGAUCCCAUGUGGCUGCUGCUCUUCCCUGAAGGCACUAACCUGUCAGGAAACGGCCGUAGAAAGUCGGCCGCCUGGGCGGAGAAGAACGGUCUCAAGGACCCCGAGCACGUUAUGCUGCCGCGCAGCACCGGAAUGUUUUUCUGCCUGAACGAGCUCAAGGAUACCGUCGAGUACGUCUAUGACUGCACAGUCGCGUACGAGGGAAUACCUCGAGGAAAGUAUGGCGAGGAAUACUUUGGUCUCAACAGCACCUACUUCGAAGGUCGGCCCCCAAACUCUGUCAACUUUUAUUGGCGUCGCCUCCGUAUCUCUGAGAUGCCACUUGACGACCAGACGGCGUUCGAUCUGUGGCUGCGGGAGCAGUGGUAUCUGAAAGACGCCCUGAUGGAGGAGUAUAUGACCACCGGACGGUUUCCUGCCAUGGCUGGUAAGGUCGAUUUUGUUGAGACUCAGGUCCGGACGCGUCACCCCUGGGAGAUUCUUCAGGUCUUCAGUGUCCCUGGUACCGUUGCUUUGAUGUGGCACAAUGUCAAGAAGUCAUUCGGCGCGGUGACAAGUGUGUUUGGCCUAUGA